CCAGCAUCACAAACUUUUCAAAUUUAGGUGCUUUAGUACCUUACUGCUAGUGACAUUCCGGUAUUCGUCUGUAGUGGUUGUAGCAAGGUUUUUAUAAGUGAGGAACAGGACCGGACUCACUAUGUGGCGAAUAAUAAUGACGAGUUUAUUGUACGUUUUUAUGGUGGAGGGACGGCCGAUGGAGCCCCUGGAAGGGCCCCUGUGGCAGGACCUGUCCAUUUCUAUGCCGGAAAUCGCCCUCAGAAGACGUCCGGAUGCACACAGCCAACGAAACGUGAUAUACAAUCCAGACGCCGACUACGACCUCCUCCCUCCCCAGCUCGCCGACAAACGCGCCAUUACAAUGUUCUCCCGUUGGAGUCCCAUCAGCUCCAUCGGCAAGCAAAGAACUCCAAUUCGCAGCAACCCUAACACGUUUUCGUCCCAACCCCGAGAUCGACAGCAUGGCCAACCACUACGAUGGGGUUAAACGGAGCGUCGCGACGCUUUCCGCCGCCAUUACGACAGACAUUCACUUUUUUCAUCAUCGUCAACCAAAAAAAAAAAAAAAAAUCAGGCCUACGUCAGCCAACUUCACGCCCAUCAACGGCUCUACUUUCCCUACAGUGUGUCUCAAAUAAUGGCGGGAAUAACGUCAUUUCACACAAAGACUGCGGUGAUUCGAUUUUCAUUUGUCCUUGAGUUGAUUGUCAAAAAUUGUGCAAUAAUGUAUAUGCAUGUGUUUUGCGUUAUUGGGUGUUUUGUGUUUAUUGCUAUGUACUGUUAUGUCAAACGUUAAAUAGAGAAUUUCAAAAAAGCGA